CGAGACGAACGAGACCAAGUAGACAAACCGGAGUGAAAAAAGAAAGAGAGCAGUACUCGAUCGACUGUGUUGAAGGAUAAAGCAGUUAUGUUCUGUGCUGUGUUAUUUUUCUUGUAUAAAACUUUAAUCUCUAUUGCCUUAUGCUCUGUUUUAUUCAUUUUAACAAACUAAUAUAGUUAAAUAUAAUGGAAACGGUUUCAGUCUCGAAGGGUGUGUUUCCUGUGAAAUGUUAUACAUUCGGGCGAAGAAAAAUAAAGGAUGAAAAUGAAAAUUAUAACAAACCGUGGUAUCGUGCUUACAGACAAAUCUAUCAAACAGUUCAAGAUUCUGUAGAGAGAAUUAAUUAUACAAUGUACAAGCAAAUUUUACAAGAUUUGUAUUGGUACGUUGAUAAUAUUUCUAAUGGUGAAAUAAGUAUUCUGAAUUCGGAAAUACCGACAGCAAUUCUCUUGGCUGGAAUGAAUGUUCCUGACCACAUAAUGCUGUUUGAUAAAGUACAAGCAACACUUGGGGAAAUUACUCCCUAUAUAGCAACAAUAAGCUCCAGGAAUUGCAACAAUCUGAAAAGUAUGGUUGAAGAGAGUAUUUACCAAAUAAUAAACGCAGAUGCAAAGUCAUUUCAGGAGGAUCCCAUAAUUAAAAAACCAAAUUGUACUUUUCGCGCCUUGAAUUGCUGGUACGAUGAAUCAAACAAAAGCAAUCUACCACUUGUAAUAAUUAUAAGAGAUUUCGAGAACUUUAACACUAAAGCCCUACACGAUUUUGUCUACAAUUUAAGCAUGCAUUCGAGAAUGAAGAUUGUAUUGAUUCUUGGUAUCGCAACAAGUCUGCAUAUUGUACACAGAACACUCUCCUAUGAUGUUACAUCAAAACUUCGAAUAAAAGUAUUUUCUACACAAAUGCAACUACUUAGUUUAUUCGAUAUAUUGGAUGGAAUCAUUUGUUCUCACAAUGUACCAUUUAAAUUGACGGGCAAAGCAUUUCAAUUUCUCGAGCAGAUGUUUCUUUUUUAUGACCUUUCUGUGGACGGAUUUUUGCAAGCUUAUAAGAUAUGUUUAGCAACACACUUUUUCAGCAAUAACUCCGCAUCCCUUUGCUGUGGACUAAACAAUGUGGAAAAGACAUUAAAAUCCUUAACAGAAGAAAACAUUGUAGAAUUUAGACAACUACCUUCUAUUGAUUACUAUUUUCAAGGAAAAGAAAAUUUAGACGACAAAAGUUUUAAAAUAUUUCUUGACAACUGUGUAAACAAAUUUCAAAAAUACAUGCACGAAUUUUUGACAGUACUUAAAUUGCUGCACGCUUUUGCCAGCAGUUGUCCAGGUUCUCCUUUGGGCAAACAUUUUGGAGGAAUAUACGGAGAUGCUGUUAGCUCUAAUUUAACGGAAUCGGACAAUUAUGCAAAAGUAAUACAGUAUUUACUGCAUUUGCCGAAAGAAGAGUUCCUUACAAAAUUUGACCAGGUUUUAAAAGUUGUUGAAAGGGAUGAAAAAUUUUUACCUCCAAAUUUAAUGAAUUAUUUGGAAGAAAAUUAUCAAAUUCUACACGAAGCAAGUGAAGAAAUUUUGCCAUCGGCGAUAUCGGUGCAAGAAUCGCCAAAAUCGGAUGCUAUGGCAUACAACAAACGUUCUGCAUUUCAAAAUAGUCUUCGCAAUAACGCACACAAACAAACGUGUUCACCUUACAAAGAAGCUCGAGAAAAAUUCGUAGAUUAUCUAGACAAAAGUGUGUUUUCCGUCUACUUGAAAAAUCCAAGAAAAGUCGUCGGACAUGAGAUUUUCUGCUUUCACGAUAAAACAUUAGUGACUCGUCAAAUUAAAGGCUCUCUUAGAGCUGCAAUUGAAUCCGCUCUGAAGAAUCCAAAAUCUUUUCUUCAAUGCCCUUGCUGUGUAAUUACCGACGAUACGGUGAUUUUACGCAGCAUGCCUGACCUCGUGAUAAUUUAUAAAUUGCAUAAGGAGAACAAGAAAUUAAUAAAUAUGUACGACUGGUUGCAGUCAUUCUUGAUGAUCAUUGACCCCGAACACUCUGACGAGCAACGAGAAAUAAAUCCAGUUAUCAAUUCACGUUUCUCGCAGGCAGUUGCAGAACUUCAGUUUCUUGGAUACAUUAAAGGGACAAAAAUGAAAACGGAUCAUGUAAAGAGGCUUGUCUAAAUUUGUUAGUAUUAAGUUAAAAAGUAUUGUUAUCUUAAGAAGUCGUAAAAUAAAUAAAUGUCUUUUCACUUUUUUAAA